CACCCGUUACAGCGACAAAGGUGGUAAACGGCAAGCGAGCAGCAGCAUCAGUGAACAAUCGACUACAGCCACCGCUUAAUCUACUGGACAUUGGUUGACGGUCUAUCCAAUAAGUGAACCUUUGGAUAGCUGGUGUGUGAAUUAGAGACUAGGAUGAAAUACAUUUUACCUAUAUUACUGCUACUUCAGUGCCAUCAUCUAAUAACAGGUUCAACAGAUGAUGACAACACAGCAGAAGAAAAUGGAUCCCCGCUUAACAGAGUACGGCGAGGUGGACUCAGUAUGUUGAGAUUAGGACGUGGUCUUCAGAUGCUGCGUCUAGGCAAACGUAGUAUGCCAAUGUUGAGACUAGGGCGCUCACUGGACACUCUCAGCUCAGACGAACUUAAAUACCUAUUAGUGUCAGUUCUCGGGGACAAGUUUAACCAUCGUAGACAGGUUCCCCUUCCAAGAUACGGUCGCGAGGAUCGCGAGGACGCUGAGCUACAGUGGCUGUUGGAUCAUAUCGGAUCCGAAAGGAUAAGUUCCGAUGACUCCGAAGGUAUCUACGAUCUCGACGAUGAGUCACCUAGACAAAUUCGCCUGGCACCGCGUCCAGGGCGUUUUAGGCGUUCCACCACAGAUGAUCAAGAAAAAAGUGACGACACAGAGAAAGACAAUUAUAUCCAAGACGUGGAAGAAGAGAAAUCCGAAGAAGAAAAAGCACUACCGCUACCUAGGUUUGGACGCAUUCUUUACGGGGGUGAGCGCGCCUUGCCUCUUCCGCGACUGGGACGUGAAGACAUGUACGAAUACGUUUACACAUUAGAUCCAGUGAAGGAUUCUGAGGAGACCAACGAGGCCGACAAACGCGGGAUGCACAUGCUGAGACUUGGACGCGGGAUGAACAUGUUGCGACUCGGAAAACGACCAAUGAGCAUGCUCAGACUGGGCAGAAGUGAACUCCAACAAGAAGCCAAUAAAGGCGACGAAAAGCGAUCUCUGGGCAUGCUUCGUCUUGGGAAACGUUUGCGCAUGCUUCGUCUUGGCAAGCGUCAUGAUGAAGGGAAAAGGUCAUUAAGUAUGAUGCGAUUGGGUAAAAAGGACACUGAUAAUAGCGGAUCACAGUCAGAACACAAUAUGGAAACACGUGGCAUGCAUAUGCUCAGACUGGGAAGAAAUGUAUAUAAAUAAUAACGUUGGACUAAUAUCAGAUAGCAUAUAUUUUUGACUUGUGUACAGUAGUGUUUAUAUACAAAUCGUGAUGACUUUCAUUUCAAAGACAAGAACUAUAUAAAUGAUUCUUUCACUCAGAACUCCACGGGCCGACUUAUUUAUUGAACAAAUUGAACGUUUCUGUGUCUCCUGUUUUUGUUUAGUUUUAUUGUUUACAUAUGCAGAUUGUUUUUAUCAAACAUGAUCUUGACAUUUAUAUGUAUAAAGAUUCUCCCAUUAUGCUCAUAUUAUCUCUCGUUGGAAAAUACAAUGAUGAACAAAAG